UGUUGAACAGUAACAGUACACCUCGGGGUAGUGAACGCACCCCGCACUCAGCAGCACUACACCUGCAUGAGGAGCUUCGAGAAGCGGCGCAGCUUCGGUUUUUCCUCUAAAACUCGGUAGUCGGGAAAGAAAACGAAUCCGUUUCGGAUCAUUGGAAAUCGUCGUCUUUCUGUUUUUUGCUUGUAAAAACGUAAGAAAGAUGCAGCAGCCCUCCGUAACCGCGAGCGCAGACGCAGACGCUGCAGAGCAGUACUCAAAGAGACGCUGUACGGCGAUGUGGAGCACUGUGGCCCUACACACACUCUCUGUCAUCAUCCUGCUCAUCGGCCUCCUGGCUGCUACUCGCACCGGAAACGUGGCAGUGGCUGGUUACUACUCAGGCAUCAUUCUGAGCUUUGGGACAUUCUUAGCCAUCGUUGGGCUCAAUGUGGUGGAGAACCGCAGACCUAUGUUGGUGGCCUCCAUCAUUUUCAUUAGCCUGGGUGUGAUCUCCUGCUUCUUCUGCGCCAUCGUGGACGGCAUCAUUGCUGCCGAGUACAUCGACAGAAGACCAUUAAUGGAAGGAAGGUGCGAGUUCUACGCCAGCAGCACAGGUUAUGCCUUUGACAACUACUACAAUGAGGUUGUGUGUCAGAACUAUAACCAAGACUGCAAGAUCAAGGUGAAGACCAACACCUGUUACUGCUGCGAUUUAUACAAUUGUGAGAGCCCAGGUUACCACAGCCACUACUUUGAGUUUACUGGUGUGAGUAGUUGCUGGGACGUGGUGCACCUGCACAGGCUGCUGUGGUCUGACGUAGUGCUCAAUGCUGGAGUUUUCCUGGGAAUCAUUACUGCUGCCAUACUGGGAGCUUUUAAGGACUUGGUUCCAGCUGUUCAGCCGCAGAUGUCUCCCAGGCCAGCUCCUCCACCACACAUCCUCUAUAAUCCCACUCAGCAUAUGGUCACUUACGCAGGGUUCUGCCCAUCCGGACAAGCGCUGCCUGCUUACCCCAAUUACCCAGUGCCCAUGCAGCACCUCAACAGUUACUCAGCAGCCAGCCCUUCUCCGCACAGCCCUGAGGUACCUGUGACCCCUCUGGAUGAGAGCCAGUCUCCUACCCAGCCCAGCAAUACCAACCCUUCAGUUCCAUCCCAGUCCUCCUGUCCAGAAACCUCAGGCUAUAUGCUCACUCCAAAUGCCCCGUCACUCUAUCAACACUCAUUAGGACCCUUCGAAAAGCCUCCACCCUAUGCCUGCUGAAGGACUUUCACUACAUUCUUCCGAAAUAAAAAAGAACGCAAACA